CAGCUAACAAGGAUGGACUAUGCCAUGAAAUCCCUCAGCCUUUUCAACCCCAAGUCCCUCUCCAGAUAUGUGGCAGUGAGCACCUCGGUGGUGACCCAGCAGUUGCUGUCGGAUGCCAGGCCCGAGGUCCCCAGAGCCCGGCCAUACCGAGUAAGCAAUGCCAACAGGAGUGUGCGGAAGGGCAUCAUGGCACACAGCCUCGAGGACCUCCUCCACAAGGUUCGACAUGCCCUGAUGCUGGCAGACAAGCCCUUCUCCCUGGUGCUGGAGGAAGAUGGUACAAUUGUAGAGACAGAAGAGUACUUUCAGGCCUUGGGAGAGGACACCGUGUUCAUGGUGCUCUGGAAGGGAGAGAAAUGGCUGUCCCCAUCAGAGCAGGGGACUGGGUAUCAACCCUCCCUCUCACAUAAGCCUGCCAAGAAGAUUGAUGUGGCCUGUGUGACCUUCGACUUGUACAAGACAAACCCGCAGGAUUUCAUUGGCUGCCUGAAUGUGAAGGCAACUCUCUAUGGCUCAUAUUCCCUUUCCUAUGAUCUGCACUGCCAUGGGGCCAAGCGUGUCAUGAUGGAAGCUCUUCGCUGGGCCCUCCUGGGCAUGCAAGCCACAGGCCAUGUGUUGCUUGGCACCUCUUGUUAUAUGCAGCAGCUUCUGGAUGCUACAGAGGAAGGGCAAAAACCCAAGGGCAAGGCCUUGUCCCUCCUCCCGACCUGUCUGAAGAUACUGCAAUGA